AUGAUACCGCCUGGUAUAUUCACGACUGCUCUCCUCUUCAUCGUCUUUCUUCUCCUACUCCUCGUUACCCUCUCCGUCCCAAUAAUCAAGACAAUUUUUCUUUUCCGUCUCACGGCUGCUGCUUCUUCCGGAUUCUUCAAUAGCUCGGCUAGUAGUUCCGUGGUAUUUGGUGUCUGGGGGUAUUGUACUUCCGGUGUCGAUGUCUCAGUCGCUAGUAUCAACCGUGACGCGCCAGGCCAUUGUUCCGAGCGGAAGUUGGGCUACACGUUUGACUCCACAGUAGCCAGAGCUCUACAUGUUAGCGGAUUUGAGAAGCUUAUCUCAAAGGGAUUAACCGCGGUUCUUGCCCUCCAUCCAGUUGUGGUCUGCUUGACCUUCAUUGUCCUUGUUCUUUCCCUUUUCGCUCUCCGUCGCAGAGAGGUUCAUGGGAGUGCCCGACUCUGGUCUCUCUUAUUAUUCGGGGUUGGCGUAUUGACCGCCAUUCUGACGACUAUUGUCUUCCUUAUCGACGUAAUACUCGUCGCAGUCGUGCGACAUAGAGUUCAUACUGACACCGAUGGCGUGCUUACUCUUAACUGGGGCAACGCAGUUUGGAUGACGCUUACGGCGACGAUCCUGUUAUGGAUCGCCGUCAUCGGGUCAUUGACCGGUGUCUGUUGUGGAAACCAGUGGCGCUUUCGCCGUCGCCCGGUUAACGAGGAGAAAUUCUGA